CCGUCAAGGCUGGGCGCGCACGUGGUUCAGGAACAGUCUGGCUGCGCUCCUGCUUGGUAGGCGGUGGCCGCCGCCACCGCCGCCACCAUGAGCAGGCCUGGCGAAGAAGAGCCGCCGCUGGCGGUGGCUGCAGAAGAGGACGGAGACGAGCUGGAGCUGCUUGCCAAGCGGCAGCGCAAGGAGAAACGGGAGCUGCAAGCCAAAAUCCAAGGAAUGAAAAAUGCUGUUCCAAAGAAUGACAAAAAGAGGAGAAAACAGCUACUGGAUGAUGUCUCCAAACUGGAGGCUGAGCUGGAACAGAAACACAAAGAGGAAAUGGAGAAGCUAAAGAAAACAUUACCUGAACAGAAUAAAGACUGUUCAGCAACCCUAAAUAUUGCAAGAUUGGUGCUUGAAAGUACAGAACAAAUUCAGCCUCCUAGAAUAUCUAAAGCACAGAAGAGACGGGAUAAAAAAGCAGCCUUGGAGAGGGAAAGAGAAGAAAGAAUAGCAGAAGCAGAGAUAGAAAAUUUAACAGGUGCUAGGCACCUUGAAAGCCAGAAACUUGCACACAUUUUAGCAGCAAGGCAAUUGGAAAUUAAGCAGAUCCCAUCUGAUGGUCACUGCAUGUACAGAGCUAUUGAAGAUCAACUCAAGGAGCAACAGAACUCCUGGACUGUUGGAACUCUUAGAAGUCAGACUGCAGAGUACAUGAGAAGUCAUAGGGAUGACUUCCUCCCAUUUCUGACAAAUCCAAAUACAGGAGACUUGUACAGCCAAGAGGAAUUUGAAAAAUACUGUUAUGAUAUAGCAAACACAGCUGCUUGGGGUGGUCAGUUAGAAUUAAGGGCUCUGUCACACAUCUUGAAAACACCAAUUGAAGUAAUUCAAAUGGAUUCACCUCCUAUUAUUGUUGGCGAAGAAUACAGUAGAAAGCCACUAAUCCUUGUGUAUAUGAGACAUGCAUAUGGAUUAGGAGAACAUUAUAAUUCCAUAAAACCUCUUUCGGACACAAUUACAGAAAAUACAAGCUAGUGCAUAUGAUUCAUCAGACAAGAUUGAUGGGUGCAUCUUUACACUUAAUGCUAGAUGUCCUUGGAUAUGUCUUAAAGCAAACUAAUUCUGCUCAAUAGUUUUGCAACACAUAAAGGAUAUGGAAAAGUACUAUAUAUUGAAAAUCUGUAAGUACUAUAGAUUCUAAUUUAAUCAUGUUUUUAAAAAAACCUUCCCAAAGUGUUUGUAAUGCAACUAAUAAUAAAUGGUAUAUUACAGAUUUAUUUAUUUAA